UGGUCCUGAGCCAGUCGGACCAAUAAACAGCAGCAAGAACCAUGACAGGUCUCAACGCUUUAAAAAUGGAUGCUAAUGUAGUAGUUCUUGGGACAGACAGUGUUGGUAAAUCUGCACUGACAGUCCGCUUUUUAAGUAGAAGAUUCAUUGGAGAAUAUGGGAAUAUUGAAUCAAUCUACAGCCACAAUGUUAUCAUGGAUGGAAGGGACAUAACUUUUAACAUCUGGGAUUCGCCAUAUUGUCAGGAACUGUCCAUGGAGACCUCUCCAUAUGAGAAGAGAGUCCAGUGGGCGGACGGUUUUGUCCUGGUCUACAGCAUCUGUGACAGGGCCAGCUUCAACUCUGUCACCAAGCUGAUCCAGUCCAUUAAGGACUACCCGGGCAUGGACAAGGUGCCCAUUGUGAUUGUGGGCAACAAGAGGGACCUGAAUCACAGACGGACAGUCCUCAGUGAGGAGGGCAGACUGCUAGCCCUCACAACAGACUGCCAGUUCUAUGAGGUUUCAGCUGCUGAGAACUACCACAGUGUCCUCAUGGUGUUUCACGGACUAAUAGACAGGGUACGGGAGUCCAAGUCUGCCAUCAAGAAGCAAGCUGGAAUCAAGGGCAUUGUGAAAAGCAUGUCUGCAGUUUUUGCCAGGAGAAGGACGGAUUCGUUGUGAGUCUAUGGCACAGGGAGGAAGACAUUGUAUACUGUAAUCAAUGUAUGCAUGGGUCUGACAUGAGUUGUUGUAUGAUGCCUGUGCUCUGGCAUCAGGACAUGACUUGGUGUGUGCCAAAGGGAUACAGAGACUGCCUUAUGGCUCAGAAACGACAAUGAAGGGCAGAAACAGGGGCAGUUGGCAGUACAGGUGUGGAAAUGGAGACUAGUACCCAAAGUUAUUGCUAGUUGUGGCUGACUGCUGCAGGACAGGACUGACUUGGAGAGAGCACACUGUCCACAGAGAUUGUAGAUCUUGCAUAUUAUUUACAAUGAAACAAUUAAUUGAUGUAACUGUCUAAAAGCUGCUCCUUACACUGAAUACUUUUGCAAAGAAAUGUGAAUGUGAUGGCCAGAGUACAGUGACAUUAUGUGGCCGUCUGGUAAAAGGUGCCAAAGUUAGCUCAUAAAGAGCAAAAUGAUUUUUGAUCAAAUUACUAUUAUCCCAUAAUCAACUAUUGCAGGGCAAGCACUUAAUUACUUUCAUACACAAACAUAACUUUUUUUAAAUCAACGUGAGCACUUUUCAUAUCCAUAUUGUUUGUCACCAAGAUGAGUGACUAGGCUCCUGGAAAUUAAUACAAUUGUAAUGUAGGUCAAGUGAUAAACACUUGAGAUAAGUAUAUGUAUACAUUUAUGUUUAUAUUCCUAUACUGAAAUGAAAUACU